AUGAAACCUUUAGUCCCGUCCGGUUGGACCGAUGAGCAUGUCCUCAACCCUCUCCACCCCCAUAUUCAAGUCCUCAACCCUCUCCACCCCCAUAUUCAAGUCCUCAACCCUCUCCACCCCCAUAUUCAAGUCCCCAACCCUCUCCACCCCCAUAGUCAAGUCCCCAACCCUCUCCACCCCAUAUUCAAGUCCUCAACCCUCUCCACCCCCAUAUUCAAGUCCUCAACCCUCUCCACCCCAUAUUCAAGUCCCCAACCCUCUCCACCCCCAUAUUCAAGUCCUCAACCCUCUCCACCCCCAUAUUCAAGUCCUCAACCCUCUCCACCCCCAUAUUCAAGUCCUCAACCCUCUCCACCCCCAUAUUCAAGUCCUCAACCCUCUCCAUCCCCAUAUUCAAGUCCUCAACCCUCUCCACCCCAUAUUCAAGUCCUCAACCCUCUCCACCCCCAUAUUCAAGUCCUCAACCCUCUCCACCCCAUAUUCAAGUCCUCAACCCUCUCCACCCCCAUAUUCAAGUCCUCAACCCUCUCCAUCCCCAUAUUCAAGUCCUCAACCCUCUCCACCCCAUAUUCAUGUCCUCAACCCUCUCCACCCCAAUAUUCAAGUCCUCAACCCUCUCCACCCCCAUAUUCAAGUACUCAACCCUCUCCACCCCCAUAUUCAUGUCCUCAACCCUCUCCACCCCCAUAUUCAAGUCCUCAACCCUCUCCACCCCCAUAUUCAAGUCCUCAACCCUCUCCAUCCCCAUAUUCAAGUCCUCAACCCUCUCCACCCCAUAUUCAAGUCCUCAACCCUCUCCACCCCAUAUUCAAUCCUCAACCCUCUCCACCCCAUAUUCAAGUCCUCAACCCUCUCCACCCCCAUAUUGAAGUCCUCAACCCUCUCCAUCCCCAUAUUCAAGUCCUCAACCCUCUCCACCCCAUAUUCAAGUCCUCAACCCUCUCCACCCCCAUAUUCAUGUCCUCAACCCUCUCCACCCCCAUAUUCAAGUCCUCAACCCUCUCCACCCCCAUAUUCAAGUCCUCAACCCUCUCCACCCCAUAUUCAAGUCCUCAACCCUCUCCACCCCCAUAUUCAUGUCCUCAACCCUCUCCACCCCCAUAUUCAAGUACUCAACCCUCUCCACCCCCAUAUUCAAGUACUCAACCCUCUCCACCCCCAUAUUCAUGUCCUCAACCCUCUCCACCCCCAUAUUCAAGUCCUCAACCCUCUCCACCCCAUAUUCAAGUCCUCAACCCUCUCCACCCCAUAUUCAAGUCCUCAACCCUCUCCACCCCCAUAUUCAAGUACUCAACCCUCUCCACCCCAUAUUCAAGUACUCAACCCUCUCCACCCCCAUAUUCAUGUCCUCAACCCUCUCCACCCCCAUAUUCAAGUACUCAACCCUCUCCACCUCCAUAUUCAAGUACUCAACCCUCUCCACCCCCAUAUUCAUGUCCUCAACCCUCUCCACCCCCAUAUUCAAGUCCUCAACCCUCUCCACCCCCAUAUUCAAGUCCUCAACCCUCUCCACCCCCAUAUUCAAGUUCUCAACCCUCUCCACCCCCAUAUUCAAGUACUCAACCCUCUCCACCCCCAUAUUCAAGUACUCAACCCUCUCCACCCCCAUAUUCAAGUACUCAACCCUCUCCACCCCCAUAUUCAUGUCCUCAACCCUCUCCACCCCCAUAUUCAAGUCCUCAACCCUCUCCACCCCCAUAUUCAAGUACUCAACCCUCUCCACCCCCAUAUUCAUGUCCUCAACCCUCUCCACCCCCAUAUUCAAGUACUCAACCCUCUCCACCCCCAUAUUCAUGUCCUCAACCCUCUCCACCCCCAUAUUCAUGUCCUCAACCCUCUCCACCCCCAUAUUCAAGUACUCAACCCUCUCCACCCCCAUAUUCAAGUCCUCAAAUACAUGCACAUGUAUUUCUAUCUCCCAGCCCAUCAAACUAA